UUUCUUUUUCUUUUUUCCCAAUUAAUUCAAGAAACAGCUUUCCAAUUAAUUUGCCCUUUGUUGAAAAUUUCUAAAACCCAGUUUUAUUUUUCUUUGCCUACUCACUUAUUUCUUCAACCAUGCGGCCACUUAUCACUCUGCAAGGCAGCUUUCACCAAGAAACCUUCCAUUCUCACUCUCUUCUCUCUAAAAUUCAGUCAUUUUUCUAUAUGUACCUUGAAUGUAAUAGCUUUCGUUACAGAGUUUUGAAGAUCAUGUUUUGAAGAGGUUCGUGUGUAGAAGCAUUGUUCGUCUCUGCAGUGAUUUCUGCGGUUUGUGAAAAUAGAAUUGUCACGACGAAGUCUGUAUCUAGCUAUGGGGAUGGAGAAACAAGGUUUGAAAAGUGGAAGUGGCUUCUUCCAGAUGUUUGAUUGGAAUGCAAAAUCUCGAAAGAAACUGUUUUCGAGCAAGUCUGAUUUUCCAGAGCGAUCGAAACAGAAAAAGAUAUGUGACAGAAGUUCGCCAAUGACACAGCUUCAUGUGUUGGACGAGGAUGAAAUGAUAGCUGGCUCAAGUAUUAGAGGUAGUAGUGAUUAUAGCCGUGCUUCAUCCGUUACAGAUGAGGAUUUUUGUGGAACCAAGGUUCCCGGGGUUGUUGCAAGGCUUAUGGGAUUGGAUUCCAUGCCAACAUCCAAUUUCUCCGAGCCCUACUCUUCUCCAUUUCUCGAUUCUCAAUCUCUCCGUGAUGCUGGUUACCGUGUGAAAUAUCUUGAAUGUUCUCAAGCUAGUCAAGUCGCGCAUUCAAACAGACACAAGGAGCUGGCUUCUGUUAGGAAUUUUAUGAUGCAAAACCAGAAGCCAAUAAACAGACCAAUGGAGAAGUUUCAAACUGAAAUUUUGCCUCCUAAGUCGGCUAAAUCCAUUCCAGUCACCCAUCACAAACUUUUAUCUCCGAUCAAAAGUGCCAAUUUUAUCCCGUCUAAAGAUGCUGCUUACAUUAUGGAAGCAGCUGCAAGAAUUAUUGAGCCCGGGCCUCAAGCCAACAGAAAAGUAAAAUUGCCUUACCGGUCAUCAUCAGUUCCUUUACAAGUAAAGAAUUUGAAAGAGAAGGUUCAAUCUGCUCAGAGUUCAUCAAAGUUGUCUGAGGCUUCUCAAAAUCCAGGUGAAACUAACUUUGCCAAGUAUUUCAAGGCACAAUCUAUGGACACAACAUCAGCAGGUGUCUUUACAGAUUCUGAAGAAUGUUCGACUAGCUUUAAAAAUAAAGGAAAAUCCAUUUCACUUGCACUACAGGCAAAGGCCAAUGUUCAGAAACGAGAAGGCUUAAACUCAGGCAGCAGCAGAAGUUUGGUCCAUAAAGAACAUGGUGUUUUCAAAAUAAACCAGCCGUCCAAAAGCCAACAGAAUACACAUAAGAAACCAUCAAUACAAAGUGGUUCGAGUGUGCUCAGACAGAACAAUCAGAAACAGAACUGUGUAAAUUCUGACAGAGGAAAAUUACAUUCAAAAUCCUUUGCUUCCAACUUACAUGAUGGGAAAGCGCUCAGUGGAGAUUCCUCUUCAGUAAGGCAAAGGAACUCUAGUAAAACCUCGGGAAACUCUAAGUUCGGUACCAGGAGAUCCAGUUCAGACACAAGAGAUGAUAAAAGGGCAGUAUCAUGUUCUAGUUCAGAAAGAGUCUCUCAUAAGAAACGAUCCGUAGAUGGGAAUUAUCAAUAUGAGAAAAACCAGGCUGCCAAUAACGAACUGAUGCAUAAAAAGCAGACAUUGAUUCAGUCCAAUGCUUUAAUGGAUUGGCAAAGUACAUGGGAUCAAAAUACCAAAAUCAAUGGAACUGACGUUGUUUCUUUUACAUUCACUACUCCUAUGAAAGGAGCUUGCUGUGAGAGGAACAGAGAAACUCGGGAACAAAGUGAUGACUUUUCUGAGAAUUAUCGAACUAAACGGAUGCUGUUGAGCUCAGAUGGUAUGAGUAAGUUUUCUUUCCCUAGAAAUAAUGUGAAUGAAGGUGACACAUUGAGCACUCUCUUGGAGCAAAAGUUCAAAGAAUUGACUUGUGGAGUAGAGUUUCCCAAACACAAAGUAGCGACAAUGGGUAGUUCUGCAUCAAUCUUUCAAGAUCCAAUGCCUGGUCUGAAUACGUUAAGAACCUCAACAGUUUCAUAUGACAACAGGACCAAAGACGGGACUCACACAGAUGGUGUGCUUGGCCUAGGUGGGCCGAGAUUUUCUUUGAUGAAUGAACGUGGCGACGGGAUUGAAACCAAGAUUUUGCUGGAUUGCCGGCUCCCAAGUCCAGUUUCAGUUCUUGAUCAUCCUUCUGUCACUGAAAGUUUCGAUUCUACAGACACUGCAGAAAGUAGUACAGGAGGUAGCAAGCAGUAUUCUUCUGUUCAAGAUCAAGAAGUGCUUGGUAUGUAUUCUUUGAAGAAGUUACAAUUACUUGAAGGUGAUGCUGAGUUAUCAAACUCGGUUUAUUCGACUUCUGCUGGAACUCGAGCAAACAACCAUGUGACUACUACCUCAUUUGCCAUUGAUUCUGGGAAGUCUAAAGGAUGGGAACUAGAGUAUGUGAAGGAAAUACUAUGCAACGUAGAGUUAAUGCUAAAGGAUUACGCGUUGGGAAGGGCUUGUGAGAUCAUAAACCCUCAUCUUUUCGAUCAGUUAGAGAGUCGAAAAUGGCGUUUCAAUGGUCAGGGACUUGAAGCAAAAAUAAGCCGAAAGGCUUUGUUUGAUUGUGUGACUGAAUGUUUGGACUCGAGAUGCAGACAUUAUGUAAGUGGGGGAUGUAAAAUAUGGACAAACGGUCUCUCAGUCGUCACAAGAAUGGAUAGAUUAGCCAAAGAAGUGCAUGAUGAAAUUUCGAGUUGGAGUUGCAUGAAAGAUUCUAUGGUAGAUGAACUUGUCGAUAAGGACAUGAGUAGCAAACAGGGAAGAUGGCUCGACUUUGACAUCGAAGCAUUUGAACUGGGAAAAGUGAUCGAGGAUCGGAUUCUUACUUCAUUAUUAGAUGAAGUGGUUGACGACAUUUUGGUAUUGUAAUUGCUAUCGACAAAAAAAUUCCUUCACCAUUGCAUACCUCUAUUUAUCUUGUAAAUUCUUAUGUUCUAUUUGAUUAGGUGAAUUAUAUGGCAAUCCACAAUAUGAAGGAGAAAAAGAAUUUAAAAUC